GUGAUUUCUCGACCUCAUAUAAAUGCAGUGAGAAAAUCUGCUCAGUCAGAAAAACAGUAGUGGAAAGAAGAAGACUCUCGACAGGUAAAAGUUGGAGUCUGAAGGAUGUGUCGUCUGAUCCUGCUCUUUGUGACGGGGGUGCUGCUCUCUGUUGGAUGGGCGCGCCCCCAACUCCCUCUUCUCUCCUCUGACAUGAUUAACUUUGUUAACAAACUCAACACCACCUGGACGGCCGGUCAGAACUUCCACAACAUGGACGGCAGCUUCGUGAAAGGACUGUGUGGGACCAUCCUAAGGGGACCCAGGCUGCCAGAGGUGGUUCACGAUGUUGAAGGCAUUGAGCUUCCAGACAGCUUCGACCCACGUGAGCAGUGGCCCAACUGUCCUACACUCAAACAGAUCAGAGACCAGGCCAACUGUGGAUCCUGCUGGGCUUUUGGAGCAGCUGAGGCGAUUUCUGAUAGAAUCUGUAUCCAAAGUGGUGGCAAGAUCUCGCUGGAGAUCUCUGCAGAGGAUCUGCUGACCUGCUGUGAUGAGUGUGGCAUGGGCUGUUUUGGUGGCUUUCCUUCUGCUGCUUGGGAAUUUUGGACAAACAAAGGACUUGUGACAGGAGGCUUGUUUGACUCCAAAGUCGGCUGCAGACCCUACACCCUCGCCCCCUGUGAACACCAUGUGAAUGGAAGCCGUCCUCCUUGUCAGGGUGAAGUGGAGACUCCCAAGUGUGUGACGCAGUGCAUCGAUGGAUACUCACUGUCAUACCCAAAGGACAAACACUUGGGCCAACGCGCGUACAGCAUCCCAUCCCAGCAGGAGCAGAUCAUGACUGAGCUGUACAAGAACGGGCCUGUGGAGGCAGCCUUCAGUGUUUAUGCAGAUUUUCUGCUAUAUAAGAAUGGUGUGUAUCAGCAUGUGACAGGAGACAUGCUAGGAGGUCACGCUGUUAAGAUCCUGGGCUGGGGGGAGGAGAAUGGGACCCCUUACUGGCUGGUUGCAAACUCCUGGAACAGUGACUGGGGCGACAAAGGUUUCUUCAAAAUCAGGCGGGGAAACGACGAAUGUGGAAUUGAGUCCGAGAUGGUCGCUGGAGCUCCACUCAGCUAAAAAGAUGAAACUCAUUUGAUAAUUGAUGCUUCAUUGGAGAAAAUCAACAGAAAAAGUCAAACAUAACACAUCUAAUUAAUGAUAGUCUUAAACCGUUGACAGACUCACUCUUAAGCUUUUGUGUUUUUACCAUUAUUAUCAAUGAAUCACUACACUACCAUGUUUGACAGAAUCAUGUGUCAUCUUUAAAUGUCCAAUAAUACAAUAAACAUUGUUUGUUUUAUUCAUAUCCAGAUCUAAAUACACUGUGGAAUACCUAAUAAAUGGUAAAUUACCUCUAAAACUUGGUCAAACACA